CUGACAAUUUCCUUCGCAUUUGUAACGACGCUUCCACUCUGACCCAACUACUUCUCGUCAAGACCGAUCCAACCAGAGAGAGUAUAAAUACUUGGAGAGCUAAAUGGUUUUAUGCCUGGAAUUUUAAAUUGUAUUGUAAUUGCCUCCGAGAUGAUACGGCGUGUAAGUAACUAUCAGGUAACAUAAACCGAUCAGGUUCGCUAUAUUUUCCUGUCUUUUUUUCCUUUUCUUUCCUCUAAGGGCUCCUCUCGUUCGACAGCAUUUUGUUCCUGCUUUAACAGCGGCAGAAGUAAAUCGGAACUGCUUCUGGGCGUUACCACUGUCUAGGACGUUCUACAUUCAUUGAGUAUCCUCUCCAUCAUUUGCGGGCCCUGCUUGUCCAUUUAUCCCUUCGUUAUCACUCAAUUUCCAUGGCUGUGUCCCGAUGUAUUCAGAGCUCUUCUUGCAUGGGGUGGUGCUGCAUGAAUACAGACAAAUCCAUGAGCGGGCCAGCCAAUACCACACUGCGCUUAAAUGGUGAUACAAGCUGGGCCAGGGAAGGCACUAGAUCCAAGAGAAUGGGAUCAAAGUGGUUCAUAAUUGGGGCGCUGGUAAAUGAUACGAUAUGUACGGUUGCGUUGUGUUUGGACACGUAUCUUAUCAUCCGACUCUCGAGUUCUUCGCAGUCAAUGUCCUCAAACAAUCGUCUUUGGCCCACAGCUAUAUGGAUCCUGACAACUACUCUUGCUACAACGUUUGAGCAGAUGUACUUUUUGCACCGUUAUUGGACAAUAUCGAAGGACUGGAUCAUUACAUGCAUGCUGGCCGUGCUGAUAUUAUCUAAUUUCGUGUUUAUCUUGGUCAUUGACGCUGCGUUCAUUCCGACGGGAAACAACUCCGUUGUAUUGCAAAAGCUGGACGCACCAUUUGUCUCGUCGUUUAUCAUUACCGUGACAGACAUUUCAUUAGCCCUUGUCCUUGUGUGGAAACUAAAGUCUGUGAAGGCUCGUCAGCUAUCCACUCGACGGUUGCUCCGAAAAAUAUGUAUUUACGUCGUAGGCUAUGGAAGUAUCACAGCAAUAUCUUCAAUGUUGUUGUUGGUGAUGUGGGCUGUAAAUGUCAAUGGAUAUAUGUCAAUCGUCUAUUGCAUGGGACGCAUAUACUCCCUGACCGUCCUGUGCAACUUUCUGUUUGUAUCAGGAUGGCGCGACGAGGCUGCUACCACUGAUAUUAUCCUUGAUCCAAACUUGACAGUGAAGGGAACUGAAUUCAACAGUGUGUUAGAAGACCUCCCAAAGUUUCAGCUGACUUCCAGCAAUGCCUCCACACCUGCAAACAGUUUCAAUUUGAAUUCGAAACGUCUUUCGAAUUCUUCAACACAGUUAACAUCCAUUCUUCGAAAGGAUACGGUGGCUCCAUCGUUUUCAAUGGAUACCCUGUGAUAAUGGCUGUUCUGCGUUCGAGACUCGAGAAGAAUCUGAAGGCGUUGAGAUGUAGUAUGGCUUUAUAGUGAAUUAACACAACUUGGAUAUUUACAAUUUACCGUUGAUUGUCGUUCCUUACGUUUACUAGCGAUAGAACAGCACA